UAACCGGAAAAAAAUUAUCGAAAAUAUCGAUACCAAAGAAAAAUAUAAUCGAAAAAGUUAUCGAACAAAAAUUAUCGAUUACUUGCAAAUGUUUAACAUUUGCCACACAAGUAAGUUGAAAAACUUUGCGCCGUCAUGAGCAUUGAUGUCACAGCGUCUCAUGAUGUCGCCGAAACUUCCAACACAGACGAUCCAGUCUCCAGCUGUGAGAUCACAGAGGCCGAUACGACCAGUUUUGAAAUUGACGAAAGUGAGGAUGAGGCCACCAUUACGGACCAGCUGGUCGAUGAUGUGGCCACCGCCCCGCCACUAAAUGUCGCCACCACAACAAUACGACCGUUGUAUAACAAUGGCGAGCGCAAAAAUAGCAACGUUGGCCGCAGCAGAAGCAAAAGCCGCAGCAGCAGUCACAGUCGCAGUAGCAGUAGCAGUCGCAGCAACAGCAGCACCUACAGUAUCAGUAAUAUACCGAGGGAUGCCAAUGCGAAUGUAGCAAGUGAUCUCAACAAGAAUGAAUUUAUAGCCGUUGUUACAAUUAAUACGCUUAAUCCAUUAACGACCAGCAAUCUUGCCGACGAACAAACAACCACUGUUAUUGAGCAACAACAACCCCACGCGCAACAACAACAAGAACGCACUAAGAAUACGCCAGCGAUUUUCGCCAGAGCCGACACGGAGGAUAAUAGUGGUUCAAAGACAUCCACUGCCUCGCACACCACUUCAUCGACGCCCACAACGGCAGAUGUCGCUAAUGUCGUGAUGGAUGCUUCUGCUUUUAAUUUAAUGAAGAAAAAUGCCGUGCUUGCUCUGCCAGCGACACAAGCACAGUUACAAAUGAUCGUCGCUUCGGCGGCUGUUACUGCACAACAACAACAACAACAAAAAUUUUUAAUAGAGUCAAACAAUGCAACUUCCAUAUCCGAGGACAAUAUAUCGUUUUCCAUAGCAACAACUACAACAACAACUAUCACUGAUUUAGACACAGACAAUAUUUGCACCGCUAGUCCAGACGCUAAGAUAAUGCUGACCAAACGUGCACUACUACAAAAUCAAUUAGCUAAUUUAAGUCAAAAUCAAUCGGCUUCGGCGAGCGCUGCUAGUGACCCAACUGCAACACUGGCAUAUGUAACGAGCGGCAAUGAUAUGCCACUUCCGCCGGUGGUGACGGUAAAAACGCAAUGGCGCUGGGUGAAUUGGACCCGUUGGCUCUGCUUGCAUUUUAAGAGUUCCGGCAUUGGCGAGCCUAGCGUCUACCACGCCUUGAUCGUAAUAUUUUUAGAAUUCUUCGCCUGGGGUCUUUUAACAAUGCCAGUAAUAUCGACCCUGAAUCAAACAUUUCCCGAUCACACGUUCCUCAUGAACGGACUAGUUAUGGGCAUUAAAGGCAUACUGUCCUUUCUGAGUGCACCGCUUGUGGGCGCACUCUCGGACAUUUGGGGGCGUAAAUUUUUCCUACUCAUCACAGUAUUCUUUACGUGCGCACCAAUACCGCUGAUGGCCAUCAAUUCGUGGUGGUUCUUCGCAAUGAUCUCGAUUAGUGGUGCGCUGGCAGUUACAUUUUCCGUGGUGUUCGCUUAUGUGGCUGAUGUCACUACCGUUGAGGAGCGUUCGCGUGCGUACGGCUUAGUUUCAGCUACAUUCGCCGCCAGUCUGGUAAUUUCACCCGCACUCGGCGCUUUACUAAUGGAGACCUACGGCGAUACAUUAGUGGCUGCGCUGGCCACCGCCAUUGCGGUGCUAGAUGUUUUCUUCAUAUUGGUGGCCGUGCCCGAAAGCUUGCCAGAAAAAAUACGUCCUUCAUCUUGGGGUGCGCCCAUUAGCUGGGAGCAGGCUGAUCCCUUUUCCGCGCUGCGGAAGGUAGGCUCCGAUCAGACCAUACUAAUGCAAUGUGUCGCUGUGCUUUUGUCAUAUCUGCCUGAGGCGGGGCAAUACUCGUGCAUAUUUGUUUAUUUGAAAUUGAAAAUGGGCUUCAAUUCAAUGGAAGUGGCCGUUUUCAUUGCUGUUGUUGGUACGCUAAGCAUAUCCGUGCAGGUGACUUUGGGUUAUCUAAUGCGGGUAUUUGGUGCAAAAAAUACUAUUAUUUUAGGUUUAGUACUAGAAAUGUUACAAUUAUUUUGGUAUGGACUUGGCAGUAAGUCUUGGAUGAUGUGGGCUGCUGGCAUUUUGGCCGCACUCGGUUCGAUAACUUAUCCAGCGAUAAGCGCCUUUGUUUCAAUUCAUUCGCACCCCGACAGACAAGGUGCCGUUCAAGGAAUGGUAACUGGCAUGCGUGGUCUCUGCAAUGGUUUGGGACCGGCUUUAUUUGGUGUAAUUUUCUACUUAUUCAAUGUGGACUUGAACGAUGACAUGUUGGGAAAACCUGAUGACCCAGUACAAAAUGACAGUAAUAAAUACACAGAAUUGAUACCAGGUCCACCAUUCGCUAUUGGCGCACUUAUGGUAAUACUGGCGAUUUUGGUUGCAAUCUACAUUCCAGACAAACACAAUGAUAUCAAUGUGAAUCGAACUUCGAGUGAAAAGAAGCGUGCCUCCGUGGAUGUGCAGUAUGAAAUCGAGUGCGGCAACAAGUCGACGAGUCCACUAGCACCCCUAAUGCGAUCCGACUCAAUGGCACAAUUGUAGCUUUUAGUAAAUUAAAACCAAAUAUAAAAAGGACAUAUUUGUUUUCGUAUUUUUCGAAGAAUUUGUGAAAUGCUAAGCAGAGGAAAGGAUAAAAAGAAAAAAAAAAGAUCUAAAAAAACCUUAAAUAAGUGCUGACUUUUUUUAUUUUGUAGAUGCUAAAUUUUAAGCUAAUUACAAAAUGAAUUCCUAUACUGAAGUUAUUUAUAAUUUUAACUUUAAUUUAAAAAGAGCAAAUGUAUUUUUAAUGCAUGUAUGCAUGUUCGUUCUGUAUGUAUGUAUGUGCUGUAUAUAAAAGAAACAAACAAACAAACAAAAAAAUCACAAAAACAAUUGUAGAAUAUUAAAAGAAAGAAGAGCUCUGAGCUUUGUUUAUGGUUUUAUUUUUAAAACCCAAUUUUUGAUUAAUAAAUUUGUAAAAUACGCAAUUGUCCCAACGUCCCCACAUACGAUGUUGUGCUAUAAUUAUUUAGUUACAUAAUUAGCAACAGUAUGCAUAUAUGUUCGCAUAAAUGGCAAUCUGUUUUAGUUAUUUUUUUCACUUUAGGUGGCUACUCCACUAAGUUCAAAUGUACACUUUAAUAAUGAGAGUUGAAAUAUUUUUGUGAAACCUUAAACUUAGCGUUGUACUGGAAUAUAAUAAAAACAAAGAGAACGAGUGCGUUAAGCAGAUUGCAUAUCUUAAAA